ACUCAGCAAAGCAGGAAAUGUAGCCCGAAAACAACAGCGCACAUUUUAUCCUCUUAUAAAUCAGCCAUGUAUUUGGCGUGCGGCGGAGUGCAUUGUCUAUUAAGACUUUGGAUAGCCUGCUUAUCUCUAUUCGUAAACUAUGGAUUCGCAGCUAAAAUGAAGAUCGUAGAAGAGCCAAACACAUUUGGGUUGAAUAAUCCCUUUCUGGCUCAAGCAAGUAGACUGCAGCCUAAAGUGAUCCCAUCUCCAGUGUCUGGCCCUGCACAUCUGCAUCGGCUUGCAGGGAAGUGCUUCAGUUUCACAGAGUCAAUGUAUAAAUAUGAAUUCUGCCCUUUUCAUAAUAUCACCCAACAUGAGCAGUCAUACAGAUGGAAUGCUUACAGUGGGAUACUAGGGAUCUGGCAAGAAUGGGAAAUAGUAAACAACACUUUCACAGGUAUGUGGAUGAGAGAUGGGGAUACUUGUGGAACCAGAAACAGAGAAACAAAGGUAAUUCUUGUCUGCAGCACAAGCAGUAAGCUUGCACAAGUCUCGGAGCCCAGUACCUGUGUGUAUUCAUUAACCUUUGAGACCCCUCUGGUUUGCCAUCCUCACUCUCUACUAGUGUACCCGACACUGAGUGAGACACUGCAAAGGGAAUGGAAUGAGGCUGAACAGGCUCGCUAUGAAGAUCUCAUUACUGAGCAGGGCUACAACAAUCUUCUGAGGGAUAUUUUUGAGGAUUCUGGUCUCCUGAAAAGCCAAAAAGUUAAAGUAAAAGAACCAGAAGUUGCUGUUGACUCAGAAACACACAACUCUUUACAGAAAUGCACAGAGGAUUUUCAAAAACAGAGAGAAGAGAUUGAGAGACUGCGUGCACUCCUCACUCAACACAAUAUUCCCUUUGAUUCAAAACAAAAUGUUGUAGAUAAAGCCAAAAGCACAGUGAGUGUGACAGUAAAGGACCGGCACCCGAGAGGGGACACCGGCCUUAUUGACCUGCUGUGAACACCACCCACAAAGCUGUCACUACCUCUUUUCACUGGAUUUGAGAAUUUGAUGAGCAACAGACACACUUCCUGGACAUUACUGCUCAGGUUUGUGGAGAAAAAGUCAUUCAUUGGUCACAUGCUUGAAGACUUGAAGGAGUUACAAUACUGCACCGGCUAUUUCCAGAAGCCUUUUCUGAAAGGAUUAUGUUGUUAACGAAUCAAAACCUGUAAAUAUUGAACAACAAAUAAACAUAAUUUUAAUUAUUUCAA